AAAGGAAAACCUAGUUUAGUUUCCGUGUCUCUUAGUUUAUAAGCCAACACCAUCUGUCUUCUACAAAGUUGUCGCCCAGUUUCUUCAUCAACUCAGCGGCUCCUAUCUUCUGUCUUCUCUGCUUAAGGAACUUGAAAAGAAAAGUAGAAGAUAGCUAUGGCAUACGCACCACCAAUGAAGCAAGGAAAGGCAGGAUUUGAGGAGACACAAGAGCAGAUUCACAAGAUCAGAAUCACUCUCUCCUCCAAGAAUGUCAAAAACCUUGAGAAGGUGUGCACUGACUUGGUCCGUGGAGCAAAAGACAAGAGGUUGAGAGUCAAAGGACCAGUGAGGAUGCCAACUAAAGUUCUCAAGAUUACCACCAGGAAAGCUCCUUGUGGUGAAGGAACCAACACAUGGGACAGAUUUGAGCUCCGUGUGCACAAGCGUGUGAUUGAUCUGUUCAGCUCUCCUGAUGUGGUGAAGCAGAUCACUUCCAUCACCAUUGAGCCUGGUGUUGAGGUCGAGGUCACCAUUGCUGAUUCUUAGAUUCAUGCUUUUUUUUAAUCUACAAAACUUGUCUUUGAAUUCCAGCGACUUCUCAGCUUUUUGUUUGUUUCAGACUUUUGUUUUGUUCCUAUAUAUGUUAUCCUUUUGAGUUUA